AUGUCCCGCGACUCCAACUUCACCCAUCUGCACCUCCACGCAUCCCACCACGCCGACAUGCUCGACGACUUCACCCGCAUCAAACUGCCCGCCGAGGAAAUCUCCGUCGCGCGACAGCACCAGCCCAUCAACCCCGACGACGAGGACGAUGUAAUCCCGGACCAGCACGCAGCUUUUGGCAUUCAACGUGCGACGCAGAAGCCUCGCGAACCGGCGUGGAGAGAUCUUGGGCUGCAGAGUUUGAUGACUGCUGGGCCUCCGACUGGGCAGCAGGCUCAUGGCGGUGCUGCGAUGGGGAGUCGUGUGUUGCCGCGGUGA